AUGCAGUCCGGAAUCUCAGCUUCCCAGGAGCUCCAAGCCCAAUUUAACUCGCUGCUUUCAACGCCAUCGAGCUUUGGUCUGCUUGUGGGCAUUGAAAAGGAAUCCUUGGUGCCCAUCAAGACUCUACCAUCGACAGGAUCUUCCUUUUCCGAAAACCUUGGCAGUUUGCAAGACCAUCUACAACCUAAUGCUGCCCUCUACAUUCUACUACGUCGAUACGAUGAGAUCCCUCGUUUGACGGCGAUUUCGUACGUGCCGGACGCUGCACCGGUGCGGCAAAAGAUGUUGUUUGCCUCAACGCGUUUGACGCUUGUGCGAGAGCUGGGCUCGGAGCACUUUAGAGAGACGAUAUUUGUGACGACCGCAGACGAACUGAGUGAAGGUGGUUUCAAGAAGCACGACGCCCACACGAAGCUAGCUGCCCCUUUGACGGAAGAGGAACGCAGCCUGGGAGAAGUUAAACGUGCUGAGCAGGAGGCGGGAUCUGGCACUGGAACAAGGGAAAUUCAUCUGAGCAAGAAUUUCGCCAUGCCCAUGGCGGACGAUGCUAUUACGGCGUUGAAGGAGCUGGGGCAGGAUGGAGGACGUGUGGUCACUAUGCUAAAAAUCAACCCCGAGACCGAAUCCGUCGAGCUCCUUCCUGAGUCCCCUCGCCCUUCAUCGAUUACCGAGCUAGCCAGCGUCAUUUCCACCACAGAGCCCAGAUUCACUUUUUACCGAUUCGCCCACACUCACGAUGGCACAGAGCAGUCGCCAGUUCUCUUCUUUUAUACCUGCCCGUUGACACCCGGCAAUAAAUCCAUCAAGAACCGCAUGUUGUACCCGCUGAUGAAACGAGCUGUACUGGAAAUCGCUACCAAGGAGGCCGGCUUGACGCUGGAGAAGAAGUUUGAAGUCGAGGAACCAAAGGAAAUCACUGAAAAAUCGGUCAUGGAUGAUUUGCACCCCAAAACUACGUCUAGAUCGGGAUUCAGCAGACCCAAGCGCCCUGGUCGGUAA